UGAAAGAAAUGCACUGGAAAAUCGGAGCGCGAGCCUCCCCCGCUCACACACUGCUGGUACUGCGCGCGGGGAGCACAACACACAUAGCAAUUCACUCCUCUCCUUUCAGUUUAUAUUGUAGUUUUUUUUAUCAUUCUAAAGCGCAAUAAUGCAUUCUAAGCGUACUUAAGUUUCCUACACCCAUUGGAAACAAUAUGCACGUGCUUUGAUGAUGUACAAUGUCAAUGAUUGGUAAACCUAGCUGUUUUCACUGUUUUUUAGGCGCGUAGUUGACAUGGAGCACAUGAUGUUGAGCACCCGGUGGACACCGUUAACUGGGAUGGUGGUAUGCCUCCUGGUGUGCGCGUGUGUGGUGGAUCUGGUUUUGGCACAAAUUCGAUACUCCAUUCCCGAGGAGUUAGAGCACGGGGCUUUUGUCGGUAACAUUGCGGAGGACCUGGGCUUGGAUGUGGCCAAACUCUCCUCCCGUCGAUUUAGGAUAGUCUCCGGUGCCAAGAAACAGUAUUUAGAGGUGAAUCUGGAAAACGGUAUUUUAUUCGUUAACGAGAAGAUCGACCGCGAGGAGCUGUGUGAACGGAGUCCGACUUGUUUCUUACACUUGCAAGUGGUGAUCGAGAAUCCGUUAGAACUAUAUAGAGUGGAGGUAGAGAUUUUGGAUGUAAACGACAACUCUCCCAGCUUCCCAUGGAGCGAGUUCAAUUUGGAGAUUACUGAGUCUGCAGCGCCCGGUUCCCGGUUCCCGUUGGAAAGUGCGCAGGAUCAGGACGUCGGCACCAACUCGCUCCGUUCAUACCAGCUGAGCACCAAUAAACACUUUGUGCUGAACAUACAGACGCGUAAUGACGGGAGCAAGUUUGCUGAGCUCAUACUGGAGACCCCGCUGGACCGGGAGCAGCAGAAGACGCAUGAGAUGGUGCUCACUGCGGUUGACGGUGGGUCGCCCGAGCGCUCUGGAACGGCUCUCAUCACAAUCACGGUGCUGGAUGCUAACGACAACGUGCCCGUUUUUGACCGGUCUGUUUAUCGCGCGAGUCUGGUAGAAAACGCACCCAGGGGGACUUUAGUGUUGAAAUUAAAUGCUACCGAUUUGGACGAGGGUGCCAACGGGGAGGUCUCAUACGCGUUCAGUGGCCACGCACCGCUCAAAGUGCGUGAGCUAUUCAGCGUGGACCAGUACACUGGUGAGAUCCGAGUUAAAGGGAUUGUGGACUACGAAAAAGCGAGUGUUUAUGAGCUUUACGUUCAGGCUAAAGACAGGGGUGCUUCGGCCGUGGCUGUACACAGUAAAGUACUGGUGGAUAUCUUAGAUGUGAAUGACAACGCGCCAGAAGUCAUCCUGACCUCUGUAUCCACACCUGUCCAGGAGGACGCGCCACCGGGUACAGUGAUAGCAGUUAUAAGCGUCAUGGACAGAGACUCAGGUGAGAACGGGAAUGUGGACUGCCAAAUCCCGAGCAACGUGCCCUUCCAGCUCCACUCAUCUUUUAAGAACUACUACACUCUGGUUACUAGUGAGUUUCUAGACAGAGAAGCCGUCUCUGAGUACAACAUCACCCUCACGGCCCGGGACCUGGGCUCCCCGUCGCUAUCCACUAGGAAAACAAUUCUUGUCCAAGUAUCUGAUAUUAACGACAACCCCCCGCGCUUCACCCAGCCAUCAUACACAGUUUAUGUGACCGAGAAUAAUGCCCCAGGUGCAUCCAUUUGCUCAGUCACUGCUUUCGACCCCGAUUCUAAUCAGAACGCUUAUCUAUCCUACUCGAUUCUGGAGGGUCAGAUCCAGGGAAUGCCCGUGUCCACUUACGUCUCCAUCAACUCGGACAAUGGAAACAUUUACGCGCUGCGAUCCUUCGACUACGAGCAGUUAAGGAACUUUCAAAUACGGGUUCAGGCGCAGGACGCCGGAUUUCCCCCUCUUAGCAGCAAUGUCACGGUGAAUGUGUUCGUUUUGGACCAGAACGAUAACGCUCCAGUCAUAGUGUCCCCCUUGCCCAAGAACGGGACCGUGGCGACCGAAGUAGUCCCGAGGUCAGUGGAUGCGGGGUACCUAGUGGCCAAGAUCACUGCGCUAGACGCAGACGCAGGGCAGAACUCCCGACUCUCUUAUCAGGUCCUCCAGGCUACGGACCCGGGGCUGUUCAGUGUCGCCCUCUACACGGGAGAAAUCAGGACGAUUCGCCGGUUGGUUGAUAAGGACGCUACCAGGCAAAGACUUGUCAUCCUGGUCAAGGACAAUGGCCAGCCACCUCUCUCCGCCACCGUCUCCAUCCUCCUCUCGGUGGUCGACAACGUGCCGGAGUCUCUGUCAGAUUUCGGCGACCUCACUCUGAGCCCGCCGCCCCCCUCCAACCUUGCUCUCUACUUGAUCGUGUCACUGAGCACCAUCUCGCUAAUCUUCCUGGUGGCUAUUAUCGUGCUAGCUACAAUCAAGUGUUACAAGGACAGAGAGACUCUCAGUGGGUAUAACCUCCCCCCCCUUGCCUGCUGCUGCUGCGGGGGAUUUCAGCCAGAGCCACCCUCAGAGGUUUUUAAGAAAUCUAACCUGAACCUGCAGAUCUCCACCGGGGCGAAGGUUCCCACCAACUGCAUGGAGGUGAACGGAAAUAACGGCACUCUGUCCCAAGCCUACUGCUAUAAAGUGUGUUUGACCCCUGAGUCAUCUAAAAGUGACUUUAUGUUCCUGAAACCGUGCAGCCCCAGCAACACCCCGAGGAACAACGAGGCAAAAGGGGCUGACAACUUGGCUUGGAGCGCUCACAACAGAUGCGCGUCGGUGAAUAAUCACUCCGGAGCCACCACGCCGAAUGAGCUCAAGCAACCAAACACUGACUGGACUCUCACAAAAAACCAGAACACCUCUCUGAAAAGCUAUAACUCCAUCAACAUGGACGGCACCCUGAUGAGGAAAGCCAUGCAUGCAGACCCAGAGAACUACAUGGCCCCCGCGGCUGGCCAGUACUGGACCUGGGGCACCCACAUGCGGGACUAUAAGAUGUCUCCUCCGGCCACAGGCCCUCCUCCUCCUCGCUCCUGGACCCCCCGGUGCACCCCUCCCCCCCCGCCGCCGCCCCAACCACAGCCGCAGCAACUUCCGCCACACCCCCACCCUCACCCCCACCCUCACCCCCACCCUCACCCCCACCCGCCUCCAGACUAUCAGCACAAUGUGUACAUCCCAGGAACGCCGUCCGCCUUGUGCACCCUGAGGCCGGCAGCCGCCCACCACCGCAGCGAGUUGGACGUCCACAACUCCUUCUCCACCUUCGGCAAGAAGAGACGACUCAUCCACAACUACGAGCCCCAGGCGGACACGGCGGCGGCCGUCAUAAACAAUGACCUGUACAAUGAUUAAUGAAAGGGCUCUGAAGGAGGCAGUCGAUGAGCGGAGGAAUGGGUCAGUGGGUGGGUGAAUGGAGGGAAUGUGUUUCUUCUGUGGUAUGACUGAACGUAUGUAUAGGAAACACACUACAGGCAGAGAGUUGAAUCAGAAGGAGUGAAUUCCCUGACUGAAUGUGAGCAUAGGAAACACACUACAGGCAGAGAGUUGAAUCAGAAGGAGUGAAUUCCCUGACUGAAUGUGAGCAUAGGAAACACACUACAGGCAGAGAGUUGAAUCAGAAGGAGUGAAUUCCCUGACUGAAUGUGAGCAUAGGAAACACACUACAGGCAGAGAGUUGAAUCAGAAGGAGUGAAUUCCCUGACUGAAUGUGAGCAUAGGAAACACACUACAGGCAGAGAGUUGAAUCAGAAGGAGUGAAUUCCCUGACUGAAUGUGAGCAUAGGAAACACACUACAGGCAGAGAGUUGAAUCAGAAGGAGUGAAUUCCCUGACUGAAUGUGAGCAUAGGAAACACAGUACAGGCAGAGAGUUGAAUCAGAAGGAGUGAAUUCCCUGACUGAAGGUUUGAAAUAAGCAUACAAACUAUGGAGAUAAUUAGGGAACCUUGGACUUCUACACACAUGAGAGAGGGAGAUGGACUCUUAUGGAGAAGAUGAAUGGAUGAGCCUAAGUGGAAUGAUCUUACACCCUUUUUUAAUAUGUGCUACUUUUGGCCAUUGUUCUUUUAGACACAUUACUGCUACAUGUUUCCCACUGUCUGUUUUUCAAUUGAUUAUGCAUUUUAUUUUCCAGCCUAUUAUUAUUGUAAUUAUUAUUUUGACAAUCAGCCUGGAGCAACAUUUUGAUGAGAAACUUCCAAAUAGCCUAAGAUUGGACUGCGCUUUGCACAUUGUUAUAAAUAUGAAUUCUAUUUUUGAAUCAAAAUAAACACUAAUUGCUGGGUUGCGUUCAUUCACCUGAAACGGUUAAAAAGAUGUGGUUCUGUCUAGAUCUUUUGUGAAUAUGUAUGAUGAAUAUACUUGUAGAUAUGCAAACUGCAUUUGCGAUCCAGGCGUUCCACAACGGCAAAAAGACCCCCCAACACAUAUACUGUAUAUACAUUUCUGAGAAUAAAGUAUUUUUUCUCACAUAA